AAAAUGGUGCCUCAUCUGUCAAAAUUAAACCUCAUCAUACUCGUCAGUCUGUGCAUAGUCAAUAUUAUGAAGAUUGAAUCAGCAACGUAUAUGCUUCGUAUGACAGUUGAUGAAUCAGAUAAAGACUGUACAAGGACAAUUUCCUUGGAACAAGCAAACCGACAUGAGCUGCUGACGAAAAGAGGAUAUCGGCCGAGUUCUUGUAAAAUGGUGUACCAGAGGACAAAAUUCAACCUCAUCAUACUCGUCAGUCUGUGCAUAUUCGGUAUUAUGAAAAUUGAAUCAGUUGAUCAUGUGCUUCCGAUGACAGUUGAUGAUUCAGGUGUAGGAACUGUUAAUUUCUUCGGUCUCAACUUUACUUUGAGGGAAAACUUGACACUUACAUAUCAAGGUUACCAAUGUACAUGGACAGUUGACUUGUCACAUCCAAAUCAAAAUGAGCUAACAGAUAAACGAGGAAGUCGUAAAGGGGAUUUGUGGUGUAAAGAUUGGGAUUAAAGACAACACGAUGAGCCAUAUGAAUAAAGUCGAAUGAACACAGGAUAUGGAGACAGUCAAGUAUAGUGUGUGAAUGCGUGUGGCAAAAUUACGCUCCACACUCAUUGUGUAACUGAAAAAUGCUUCCACCUGUGCUUAUUCAAAUAUUUUGCUUCGAUAUCACUAACUCCAAUACGCUUCACUUUCUGAAUAAUCUGUAUUCUUCUUCCUUCUUCAGUGGAUUAGUUCUUCUCCAAUAAAUGAAUAUUCAUAAACUCCUUUUGUGUAAAUAACAAACGUCAAAUGUUCAUUUAUGAUGAAAUAUUGACUGAAUAAUUGAU